CGCGUUUCGCUGCCUGGCUUCCCACAGUCUCCCCUGGGUCGGUGUCUGUGUGAGUGAACGUGUUCGCCGGGUCUGACUCGGAUCAUAUUACAGCGGCGAGGUGAUCACGCUCGCAAGCAGCUGCAGGAAGGCAGAGAAGCUGGAUUUUCUUUCUCUACUCUACCUGGUUGAUUGCUCCUAAAAUGGCUGUCCGACCUCACUACCAGGGAUUUGGGCUAGAAGACAUGGUAUGGGAACAGUACACAGUGACAUUACAAAAAGAUCUAAGAAAAGGAUUUGGCAUUGCUGUUUCUGGAGGAAGAGAUAAUCCACACUUUAAAAAUGGUGACAACUCCAUUGUUAUUUCUGAUGUUCUUCCUGGAGGUCCAGCAGAUGGUCGUCUUCUGGAGAACGACAGAGUUGUUAUGGUUAAUGGGACCCUCCUAGAGAACGUUCCUCAUUCGUUUGCCGUUCAGCAACUAAGAAAAUGUGGGAAAACAGCGGUUUUGGUUGUCAGAAGACCACGCAGGGUGCAAAUGGGCAUGCCAAGCAAGUCUGAGCCUGCCCUGGAUGUGAUAGAUGAUUAUACAGAGUUUGAGAGCAGGACAGCGUACACUGCUUACAGCGACAGAAGUGGGUUUGGGGGCUCCCAAGGUCAUGAUCCAAGUCCAGAAAGAGCUUAUAGGAGGGACCAGGAAAGAGGACCAUACUAUGAACGUGGUUAUGGAAGCAGAGCCAGAAGCGUUGACCAGGAUCUUAAUAUAGAUUAUGGACUUAGACAGGAUCAGGGUCGUGGCAGAAGUAUGGAUCGUGGUCUUGAUGAUGAUGGUGGAUACCGGAGAGACCAAAACCGUGGUAGAAGUAUAGAGCGUGAUCUAGAUGACGACCGUGGAUACAGGAGAGAACGCAGUCGGGGCAGAAGCAUAGACCGUGACCUAGAUGAUGACCACGGUUAUAAGAAAGACCGCAGUCGUGGAAGAAGCCUUGACCGCGGACUAGAUGACCCACGUGAAUACAGACAGGAUGAGAAUCGUACCAGGACAUUAGACCGUGAAGGUUAUGGGAGAAGAUCAGAUUAUAGUCCAGACCCAGGUUACGGCAGGAGAGCCUCCCCGGAGAGGAAGUAUGAAAAGGAAAUCCAGAAAAGUCGCAGUCGAGACAAGCUCCAGUCUCGUAGCCCGUCACCUCCUCAUCCGUAUGAAGGCUCUGAUAAAACAAACUGUGUUCUCCUAACAAAGAAGAAAGCAAAUGAAGAGUAUGGUCUUCGACUCGGCAGUCAGAUCUACAUUAAAGGGUUGACAAACACAGGCCUAGCAGCAAAAGAUGGGAAUCUGCACGAAGGAGAUAUUGUUCUUAAGAUAAAUGGUAUUUUGACUGAAAACAUGUCAUUGGCUGAAGCCCAGGCCCUGAUAGAGAAAUCGCGAGGGAAACUGCAGUUGGUGGUCUUGAGAGACAAAAAACAGACCCUUAUCAAUCUCCCAUAUGUGGAAGAUAGUGAUUCAGACAUGGAUGUCGACAUCCCACAGGGAAAUAAGAGGAGGAAUCCAAGGUCUAGGGAGGCAUAAAUAAGGAAGAAGCCAUGCCAAGAGAUCAAAUAUCAGAUCAACACCACUGUCUGCCCUUUAACCAAAGAUUAAAAAAUGAAAUGAUUAGUAGUUUUUGUAUUUCUUUACUAUUAAAACAUAAUUAGCCAGAAACAAAUAAAAAUAUUUUUUAUUUUCAAAUGU